CACGUCAACCCUCUACUUCAUCAUGGGUGUCCCUCACCACGAAGGGGCCUCUCGCGAGAGGCUCAAGCCCUCUUCGCCAGAAGAGUUGAUCUCUCGCUUUGGUCGUCUUCAUCUCUUGGAUGACUUGAUUCGUCUACGAGCAGCUGAUCCCAUUCAGCAUCCUAUUCUGGCCUAUCCCAAGCCCUCCCAAGAUGAUACCGUGGAGUACGAGUACUUCUCAGGUCUAGAUCUGGACUGCAUGAUCGAUCAGGCCGUUUGUACCUUGAUGGACUAUGGCUUCAAACCACCCCGUCACGAUGGAGCCAUCGUGGCACUGUUUACGCUCUCUGACCUCAACAUGGUCAUCACAUUCUUCGCGCUGAGCCGCUUAGGAUACACUGUCAUGAUGCUGUCUCCGCGUCUAUCGCCGUCGGCAUGUGUGGCUCUCCUAGACACGGUCGGUUGUGACACUAUCCUGUACGGCCAGACCCCCAACAUCCGCACGACUAUGGGCGAGAUCCUCCGUCUGAAACUGGUUGCAUGCCGUCCUAUCGUUCAACGGCCGUCUUUGGAAGACGACGACGUAGAGGAGCCAGCCAUGUUGGUGCUUCGUCGCAGCCGCAGCCCAGAGACUCAGGUCAACAAGAUCGCUCUGAUCCUCCACUCAUCAGGCUCAACAGGUGACCCGAAGCCUCUGUACUUGAGCCACAAGGCCUUGAUGACGCAUCCGAUGCGUGGCCCCGGCUUCACUUCCUUCAACUCCCUUCCAUGGUUUCAUCUUCACGGUCUUUCGACCGCCCUGCAAGCCAUGUACAUGCGGCGAACCGCUUAUAUGUGGGACGCCUCGCUCCCCCUCACGGCCAGCACGGCUGUCGCUGCCCUGGAGGCAGCCCGACCAGAGUCUGUGCAGGGCGUGCCGUACCUACUUCAGCUGUUGGUCGACAGUUCACGAGGGCUGCAGGUUCUGCGACGCUGCGAUUCGGUGACAUACGGAGGGGCUCCUUGUCCUGAUGAGCUGGGUGAUCGAUUGGUGGCGGAGGGAGUGAAAUUCGGCGGUUCUUUCGGAUUAACGGAAGCUGGUUUAGUCGCCGAGUCGAUCUCCCGCCCAGCCGGGGAUCCCUACUGGAACUACAUGCGGUUCUUCGACAACAUCCGACCCUUCAUCUGGAUGAAGCCUAUUGGUGAUGAACUGUAUGAAGUCGUGUAUCUUCGAGGCCAUCCUGCUCUGACAGCCUCCAACUCCGAUGAUCCGCCGGGCUCAUACCAUUCGCGCGACGUCUUCACGCCGCAUCCCACUAUCCCCGAUCGGUGGAAGUACGUCUCGCGUAUUGACGAUCGGAUCACUCUGGUCAAUGGGGAGAAGGUGCUUCCACUUCCCAUCGAGGGCCGCAUUAAGCAGAACCCGUUGGUCGAGGAGGCCGUCGUAGUGGGAGUCAGCAAAUCAGUGCCUGGUCUGCUGGUCUUCCGGUCUGAUGGCUCGCACCGGUUCUCGGAUGGCGAGUUUUUGGAUCUCGUCUGGCCCACGGUGGAGGAGGCCAACUCCCAUGCGGAACAGUUCUCGCAGAUCUCCCGCGACAUGGUCGUUGUGCUGGCCGCCGACCGUGUCGUACCGCGAACUGACAAAGGAUCGAUGAUCAGAGCCCAAGUGUAUACACGGUACGCUGAUGUGAUCGAGUCUAUGUAUAACAAGAUGGAGCAGGACGCCAGUGGAACCUUGCAGCUGGACCUCCAGGCCACAGAGGAGCACCUGCUGCAGCUUUGCCGGGAGGAGCUGUCCAUGUCCAACAUCGACUACGACACGGACUUCUUUGCUCAUGGCAUGGACAGUCUCAAGGCCAUCCACCUUCGCCGGCUGAUUCUCAGAGACUUCCGAGUUGAGGAUAGCAAAAGCCUCAGCCACAACAUCGUCUUCGAGACCGGCAGCAUCGCCCGGCUGGCGGAGUGCAUCAACGCUGCACAGAGCGGCCAGUCCGAUUUUUCCGAGUCGGACGAGGACGAGCUAGCCCUGAUGCCGGGUCUGAUCGAGAAGUAUUCAGCCUCUUUUCCUGUCCACACUCCUCGUCCGGAUAGGGUGUCAAACACCAGGAGCGUCCUUCUUACCGGCCCGACCGGCUCCAUCGGCGCACAUACUCUUUACAAACUCGUCAACGACGACACGGUCUCCAGAGUCUACUGUCUAACUCGCAGGACCAACGCCAAGGAGUCGAUUCUCCGCUCUCUGGCCGAGAAGAACCUCAGCAUCCCAGCCUUCCGCACGCACAAGAUUGUCGCCUUGACCAGUUCCCUCGACCAGGCCAACCUGGGCCUCGACCACUCCACUUACGACGCGAUGCUGCAGUCCGUCUCGCUCAUCAUCCACACCGCAUGGCCCGUCAACUUCAACCUCCCCCUCAGCGCCUUCGAGUCCCACAUCCAAGGACUCUACAACCUGAUCUGUUUCUCGCUCAGCGUCACCCUCCCCUCGCCCGCCGUCCUUCUCUUCUGCAGCUCCAUUUCCACGGCGCUCGGCUCCUCCCAGCAGACCAUCCCCGAAGCCCCAAUCGAAGACCUCUCCAGCGCGCUGGAAAUGGGCUACGGGCGCUCGAAGCUGAUCGGCGAGCGCAUCGUCAGCGCCGCGCGCCAAACCGCCGCGGCGCGCACAUUCUCGCUCCGCAUCGGCCAGGUGUCCGGCCACUCGAAGCGAGGGCUCUGGAACGACGACGAGGCGCUACCGCUCAUGAUCCGCUCCGCGCUGACGCUGGGUGUCCUACCCGAGCUAAAAGGGGUGCAGUGCGCGUGGCUCCCGGUGGACAAGCUUGUCAGCGCGAUGCUGGAGAUCGCGCGGGUGUGCUCGCACACGCCGCCUUCGUCGCGACGCGGGUCGAUGAGCUCCGCGGAUGGGAUGAUAGUAGAGUGGUCCGAUGACGACUCGGUGUACAACCUGACGAACCCGCACCCGUUCAACUGGCGGUCGCUGCUGGUGAAUCUGAAGAAAUGCGGGUUCGGGUUCUCGACCGUGUCCUUUGAGGAAUGGCUCGAGGCUCUCCGGGAGAGUGAGGCCCGCGGCGAGGAGACUGUCAACCCGGCUGUCAAGCUGGUGGCGCAUUAUGAGGCGAUGUACGGGGAGCAGGGACGACGGGAGCCUGCGUUUUGUACGGAGCGGGCGGAGAGGGAUAGUAUGACGCUAAGAAAUGGGAGGUUGAGGAUCAUUGAGGAUGGAAUUCUGGGGAGGUAUGUAAGGGAUUGGUUGGGACGUUGGACGAGAGUUUGAUUGUUGAGACGGUUAAUGAGGAUGGAUUGUGCAUAGUUCUGUUCGCUGUUUAUAUAUUUAGCUUGCUGUACACAGAUUUGUAUUGCGUUAUGAGACAGAUACCAAGUUGGUG